AUGUCGUCGAACAACCCCGAAAGCCUAUCCGCUGCCAUACGGCAAUCCCCUCCCAUCGAUGUUACGAUACCAUACGAAGCUGGCUGGGUGAAGGGAAAGACAAUCGUUAUAACGGGAGGCGCAAGUGGUUUCGGCGCAUCCUUCGCGAGACACUGGGCGAUUAAUGGGGCUACAGUCGUGCUUGGGGACAUCAACGUCGAAGGUGGCCAGCAGCUUGCGCGCGACCUGCAGAACGAGACUGGACAAAGCAAUGCCCACUUUGUGCAUUGUGAUGUGACAGACUGGCAAUCACAGGUCAACUUCUUCAAGGAGGCAGCCAAGCUGAGUCCUCACGGUGGGAUUGACACGGUGGUCGCCAAUGCUGGUAUCGCAGGGGCAGACCCAGUACAAAGCCCUCGAAACAUGGAGGCCGCCGAGCCCCAGAAGCCCAACUUCAAGAUCAUGGAUGUGAACUUGACAGGCGUACUCUACACUACCCACUUGGCAUACUACUGGCUGCCCAAGAACCCAGGUUCGGAGGCAUGCAGCAUGGAGUCGAAGCCCGCGGAAAGGGUGAGAGACCGCCACCUGUUGCUGCUCGGCUCGGUAGCCUCGCUCGCACCUAUUGUCAUGCAGCCUCAGUAUGCUGCUGCAAAGCACGCCGUCCUAGGCUUGUUCCGGUCGUUGCGAGCUACUUCUCACCCUCAAGGCAUCCGUAUCAACCUGCUCUGUCCAUAUUUUAUCGAUACGCCAAUCAUCACUACGCCAGCCAGGCUCGCACUCGCUGGUGGUGCCAUGGGGAAACCAGAAGACGUCCUCGACGCCGCGACGCGCUUCGUGGCGGACUCUCGCAUCCUCGGGCGCGCCCUAGUAAUCGGACCCAAAAUGCACGUCAAGCAAGGGGAAGAUGGGCAAUGGAGCAUUGUGUCUAAGAACGUACCGGGCAGCGAGGAGCGAGCAGUGUGGGAGGCCUACGCCGACGAUUGGGAGGAAGUGGACAUCUUCGAUCGAAACUUCAUCAAACUGAUCAAUUCCGUCGAGGCUGCUCGCGGAUGGGCUGGAUGGGCUUUUGAUAUUUUCAAGGCAGUAGCGUAUGGAUUUGGAUAUGGUCAACGCCGUACUUGA